UCUCUCUCUCUCUCUCUCUCUCUAGAAAUCAUCAAUGGCGGCUAACUCGAGUUUGUCAUCUCCGAUGGACCCUCUCGCGAGAGAGAAAAACGCUAGGGGAAUUCAGUUGAUCGAAGAUAUGACCAGAAAUGCAGAUACUGUACAAAAGAAUUUCUUGUCUGAAAUCCUGACUCGAAAUUCCGACACCGAAUAUCUCAAGAAAUUCAACCUCAACGGAGCCACCGAUCAGGAAACAUUCAAAUCUAAAAUCCCGAUAAUCACUUAUGAUGAUAUCGAGCCGUUUGUCAGGCGAAUAGCCGACGGCGAUCGCUCUCCCAUUUUAUCUUCUCUCCCCAUCUCCGAAUUCAUUUUCAGUUCCGGAACUUCAUCGGGUGAACCGAAGCUCAUUCCAUCUGGCCGAGAAGAAUCGAAUCGUCGUCACCUUCUGUUCAGUCUUAUGACGUCUAUUAUCAACUUGCUCGUUGAUUUAGUGGACGUCGAAAUCGGCAAGGAAUACGAAGUGGUGAUCACAAAUUCCUCCGGAUUGUACCGGUACCGAAUGGGGGACGUUCUUAAAGUCACCGGUUUCCACCACAAGUCGCCGAAACUACAAUUCGUCAGGCGGAAGAACGUGCUCCUCAAUAUCGACUGGGAGAAGACGAACGAGGUCGAUCUUCAGGAGGCGGUAGGGCAUGCGGCCGAAUUGCUCCGAAAAUUCGGCACGAGCGUGGUGGAUUACACGAGCUAUGCCGACACGUCGACCAUACCGGGUCACUACGUGAUCUAUUGGGAGCUACAAGCAUCGUUAAAGGAGGACUUGUGUGAGAAGGUGAUUGAGCAAUGUUGCAUUGCAAUGGAGGAAUCGCUCAACCCGAUUUACCGGUUAUUAAGGGUCGACGGGUCGAUCGGACCGUUGGAGAUCCGAGUUGUGAAAAGUGGGACGUUUGAAGAACUAAUGAACUACGCAAUCUCGAAAGGUGGUUCGAUCGGUCAGUACAAGGUGCCCCGAUGCGUAAGCUUCAAGCCAAUAGUGGAUAUACUUGAUUCGCGAGUUCUCGCAACAAGCUUUAGUACAUCGUUGCCAAAAUCAACCCGGGAGUGAUAUGUCACGAUCCAGAGGGAAAGAGUACAAUUCAAGAAUGGCUGAAAUACCAAAGCCAAUGAAGAAUGCAUGUUGUUGUUUUUUUUUCUUUAAAAAUAAAAUUUGUAGUUCACUUUGUGAUAAAAUAAACAUGGCGUUGUAUGAGUUAUAAAAAUAAUGCAUAAUAAAAUUAUUAUAUCGAGUCCUUUCAU